GCUUCAAACUCAGCUCCUUCCUCUUGUAUCAUCUCGGAACGAACACAGUUUUAAAGGAAGAACAAAAAAAAGCAACAGAAACCCUAAUUCGCGAAGAACCCUAAUCUCAAAAUUUCUGUAUGUAAAUGCAUCUGAAGACUUCAUCUGUAGCAGAACGGCGGUUCAUCGGAAAAGAAGCCGCCGCUUGUUUACCUUCCUCCGAUUCAGAUCCCAAACCUAAGAUCAAACAUCAUCGUCCUCUUCAGGUGCCCGAAACUGCGCAAUCUCAGAGCCAUCUGACCGUUGAAAUUGCUGAUUCAUCGUCUCCGCCUCAGUCUUCUCACCCGUUUGAUCUCCGCCGAGGGGGAGGAGGAAGCAGCCGCGCAAGCCUGGGCUCGAUUUUGUCGUUUCUGUCAUCAUCUCUUCCGUCGAUCCCCUCCGCGACGAAUCAGAAGCUCCUCCGCCAAGUCCUUCGAGUCCGUUUGAUAUGCUUCCACCUCCGUUUCCUGCUUCUCCUCUCCGUCCCUCCUCUCUACGUCUUCUUCCUCUUGAUCAGUUUCCGCUUCUUCCUUCUCUUCGUCUUCUCGAUUCUCACCUUCUCCUUCAUCCUUUCCAUCUCUCUCAAACUCGCUCUUCCUCACCUUCCAUCGAUUCGCCUGAUCAUCGCUCGCUUGCUAUCCCUCAAGCUCACCCCUGCGAGAUCAUCUCCCUCUUCCUCCUCCCAGGUUGUUUGGUCAAUCGGGUCAAAGCCUGUUACAGAGAAGAAGACCAGUUCAGGGUCUUGGGUUCAGAAGUACAGCUCUGGGGAUGUGUACGAGGGAGAGUUUCAUAUAGGGAAGUGUUCAGGGAGUGGGGUUUAUUACUAUUCGAUGAAGGGUAAAUACGAAGGGGAUUGGGUUGAUGGGAAGUAUGAUGGAUAUGGAGUAGAGACGUGGGCUAAAGGAAGCAGGUACAGAGGUCAGUACAGGCAAGGGAUGAGACAUGGAGCUGGGAUCUACAGGUUUUAUACAGGGGAUGUGUAUGCUGGUGAGUGGUCUAAUGGACAGAGCCAUGGAUGUGGUGUGUAUACCUCUGAGGAUGGUAGUCGUUUUGUUGGAGAGUUUAAAUGGGGUGUCAAACAUGGCCUUGGUCAUUACCAUUUCAGAAAUGGUGAUACAUAUGCUGGAGAGUAUUUUGCAGACAGGAUGCAUGGUUUUGGAGUUUACCAAUUUGGAAACGGGCAUCGGUAUGAAGGAGCCUGGCAUGAGGGGAGAAGGCAAGGGCUUGGUAUGUACACAUUCAGGAAUGGUGAGACACAGGCAGGCCAUUGGGAUGACGGUGUUCUCAGCUGUCCUACCGAGCAGACCACCCGUCCUGGUUCAUCCUUUUCCAUCAGUCAUUCCAAGGUUCUCGACACUGUCCAGCAAGCUAGGGAAGCAGCCGAGAAAGCACAUGAAGUUGUGAAAGUGGAAGAGAGAGUGAACAGAGCAGUGAUGGUAGCAAACCGAGCAGCAAAUUCUGCUAGAGUUGCUGCAACAAAGGCUGUUCAAACCAAAACAUAUUACAGUAGUGGCGGCGAUGAUCCCUUAUGAGUUCGUGUGUCAAAGCUUUUGAUAUAGUCACAGUCAUGAAUCUCACCUCGAACUUCUUCGGUGACAUGAGAGAGAAAAAUAGAGACAUCUAGAGAAUGGCAGUCAAAAUUUGCAUCUCCGUUGAGAUUAUCUUGAAGGUGGAACCACUUGGAACCAAUGUCGAGAUCUCAUAUAAGUAUUAAAUAAGAGAUCUGGCUAUGGAGCAAGCAAUGCAGGUUUACAUUUUUCUUCUUUUCUCCCAGCUCUUUUCUUUGUUAUGAGCAGGCUGGUUUAUAAGCUGUACAUAGGUUGUUGAAGAGUAAGCAAUGUGUGUUAACAAAAGAUCUUUGUAACAAGCGUAACCCAUGUAGAGAAGCAACAAAACAUUGUCUUUUACGUUUUCAACGUGUGAAUAACAAACAUCUCUUCCUAC